AGCUAGUCAGAGUCAAGGAGGGCUGAGACCUAACUUUUGAGUUAUUAUUAAUUAGUGGGACUUACUUCUGAGUUAUUAGCAUUAUUAAUUACAUUGUUGUUAUUAUUACCCUCGCAAAGGCAAGCCCCGUUUGGCACCCUGAAGGACUUUUCCCUCAGGCAACAUUUUUGUUACUUCUUCUUCUUCCUCUUCUUCUUCUUCUUCUUAUUAUUAUCAUCAUCAUCAUCAUCAUCAUCAUCAUCAUUAGCUUCCCUGAGAGGAAAAGGCAGGCAGUGAGGACACCGGAUGAGGCUUACUUCCCAGUAAGCAUGACUCUCAAUUGUUGGCAAUCAAUACCCCUUUUGAUUAAAAAAAACAAAGAGGUGCCAGUUCUUUUAUCUUUAUAUAAUAAAUGUUGUGGGCGCCAUCACAAAAUGGCUGCUGUCUCUCUCUCUCACACACACACAAACACAUCUAGAGACGACAAGUGUUUCAAGCGAUAUUAAUCCAUCUAUUGCACAAGGUUUAAUGCAUCGGUUAUAUCUGCAUGCAUUUACAUAAGGUCCAGAGGGCAGAGGGAGUAUUUUCCCCCAUCCCUAGAUUGUAAGUUCCUUGAGGCAGAGACUUGCCCUGUCUUUGUAAAGUGCCAGCGGAUGGCACAAUAAGAAUGAAUGUUAACAGCAGGCGCCAUCUCAGAAGAAAUAUUCCCUCCUGGGCGAGGGUGGAGGAGGAAUGCUUUUUUUCUAACAGGGUGCCUGCCACCCAUGGAUUUCUCAGCACUGUAAUUAAAAACUAAUCACCAUUUUGUGAAGCCUGUUGCUCAAUUCAUUAGGGGCAUCUCUUUAAUCAACUGAAACUGCAAUCCUAGGCACACUUCAUUGGGCACACGCAAAUUAUAUCCCCACGAACACUUGCGCAAAUUAAUCUAUUCAAACAAUUAAUCCACUCGUGUUUCUUCGGUCAAAAGGACAGCCCUGCCUCUUUCCCCCCAUUCGAGUCCCCCAAUUCUUUUUGCAUCGUAUUUCUAGCAGCUGUUUUAUUUGGGGGAGUUUUGGGUGAACUCAGUGCUUCUGUGCUCACAGAAAUGAGGCUGCCACAGGUAUGCACCAAGCAUUUGAAGCACACACCUUCCCACAAAGAAUCAUGGGAACUGUAGUUCCCAGCACCCUUAACAAACUUUGAGUAUCAUUUCAGGGGGAAAAACAGAAAUGGGGAAUGGGGAGAGAGGGUAGGAUGCCCAUCUUGGGGAAAACAGCUGGCUGGGACCCUGGCCAGGAGCAGUCCUCCUGCUAAAAGAUGAUGCGCUGCAACGUUUUGUUGCAGCCCCCCUCUUGCACCCUGCUCUACUGUCAGCUUUGGACUGAGUUGCUAUAACAGGUCUAUCAAUGUACAAAACAAUAACUGGCCAGGGAUACAUUUGUUUUGAGAGAGAAGUUAUAAACUGGUGUUUCAAUCUCAGUUAUCAGGGUGUUGUUGUUGCUGCAAACUGUAUUGAUGAAACAGAGGUGCCAACCAUUAUGCAUCCUAUUGUUUACAAGGGUUCUGUUGUAUCUGAGGUCAUUUUAAAAAGAAAUCUAUAUUGUGAUAGGGACUUGAUAGCGGAGUAUUCUGCAUUCGUUAGGAACAAAACCUUUUAAUCUUUAGCAGACGUUCCUCAUCUAGUCAUUUUGUUAAGGGGGUCCCCAUCUGCACUUCAUUUGAUAAGGCUUUCUGACUGUUCCCCAUGCAGGGAUUUGGAUCAGGGCCGGCGGUGAGAGUGGCAUGCCCAGACUCCUGACAAGGCACUCACUUCAAUAGGGGGCUCUCUCUGCAAAGCAAAACUUUGACUUCUGCAUGCUCGACCACUUAUGCUUUCCUGUCACACUUCUUUCUUAUGGUUAACAGACACUAGCCAGGCAUUCUUGCAGGCGGCCCCCACCCUGGGUGGGUGAUGGGCGAUUGGAUGCCCCCUCAGCCAAGAAUGCAACUUGGACAGUGGAAGCGAGCCGUUGAAAUCUCUGGGGAUCAAGGGAGGCUCAGUGGCAGAGAAUGCAUCGUGCUGACCGCAGCUCAAAGUUUGCCCGGUGCCUAUUGGGACGCUGGCCCUAUAUAAACAAACAGGGACGGUCCAGGCAGCAGGGCGGCCCAUGGAGGAACUGUCACCAUUCAGCGAGCGAGAACUCAGCCACGCAGCCAAGAUGGCACAGAUAAACCCUCAACCGGCCCAGGUGGGCACGUGGAAGAUCACUGCCUACGAUCAGGAGAACUUCCAGGGCAAACGGAUGGAGUUCGCCACCUCCUGCCCCAACAUCGUGGAGUGCAGCUUCGACAACGUGCGCUCGCUCAAGGUGGAAAGUGGCGCCUGGUUUGGCUAUGAGCACACCAACUUCUGCGGGCAGCAGUUUGUCCUGGAGCGCGGAGAGUAUCCCCGCUGGGAGGCCUGGAGCGGCAGCAACGCCUACCAUGUGGAGCGGCUGAUGUCCUUCCGCCCCAUCUCCUCCGCAAGCCACAAGGAGUCCAAGAUCACCCUUUACGAAAAGGAGAACUUCAUGGGGCAGCCGUGGGAGGUCCAUGACGACUACCCUUCCCUGCAGGCCAUGGGCUGGAGCAACAGCGAAGUGGGCUCCAUGAAGAUCCACUGUGGCGCGUGGGUUUGCUACCAGUACCCCGGCUACCGCGGCUACCAGUACAUCCUCGAGUCCGACCACCAUGGCGGAGACUACAAGCACUGGCGGGAGUGGGGCUCUCAUGCCCAGACCUUCCAGAUCCAGUCAGUCCGGCGCAUCCAGCAGUAGGCCUGAAGGCAAGUGCGCACGCACACAUGCACACCCUGGAACAGAGCGUCAGGGCUGCAAGUUGCCAGCACAGAAGGGAGGACUUCGUUUUUCACCCCACCUCCCCCCAGUUCCCCACACAGGUGCUUAAACCUCUCUCUCUUUUUUGCUCUUGGUCCUCUUGGGCUGGGGGAAUCCUUCUCUCCAGCAUCUUCCUUGCUGCCACAAAGAGGAAGGAAACACCUGUGAAGGAAAUGUGUGUGUGUGAAGCAGGAAGCACUUUGUACAUGCUCUGGUGUCAAUGUGUUUGCGCAAGAUGCACAGGGCGCUGUAGGCAGGCAGAAAGACGGCAGCCUAAUGUUCCCUGCAUGCUUAAAAAUAAAGCCAGGCUUGUGCUCAAA